CCGUGGGGGCGUUCGGGAGCUGGUGGCUAGCGGUGCCAGAGGGAGGCUGAACUCUGUAUUUUAAUUUAAAACACCGGUGCAGAGCGCCGGGGCCGUGCAGGGAGGCUCGGGCCGGGCCGGCGCUCGGAAGUGACGGGAUGGACCCUCUGGCUCCUCCUGCCCUCAGGGAAACAUUAACUUAGAGCCCUGCUGUGGUUUGGGGUAGAGGAGCUUAGAAAGUACCCUGCAGGGCACAGCCUGCGGCUGAACAGGCUCAAAGGACAAUGCAAAUCCCAGUUUUUACGGUUGAUGCCUUUACAAACCGGCCGUUUUCUGGAAAUCCCGCGGCAGUUUGUCUGCUUGAAAAUGAGCUGGAUGAAGAUUUGCACCAAAAAAUCGCAACAGAGAUGAAUCUUUCAGAAACAGCUUUCAUCAGAAAGCUGCACCCUGGAGAUGACUUUACCAAAAGUUCCUGCUUUGGACUGAGGUGGUUCACCCCAGCCAAUGAAGUUCCUCUCUGUGGUCAUGCUACCCUGGCAUCGGCUGCUGUGUUGUUUCACAUACAAAAAAAUACAAAUCCAGUUCUCACAUUUGUGACACUGAGCGGGGAAUUAAAAGCCAGACAAGUGAAAGAUCACAUUGUCCUGGACUUGCCACUUUAUACAGCCCAUCCUCAGGUACUUGAGGAAGUAGAAGAAUUAAUAAAGGCAGCAGUUGGUGACAUGACUGUUCAAGAUGUCCGUUACUCUCCUGACACAAAGAAACUAUUGGUCCGUCUCAGUGAUACUUAUGAAAGGUCUGUGUUGGAAGAACUGAAAGUGAGUGCACAAAGCUUUUUGUCAGCUGAAAAGACGGGAAAAGUGAAAGGACUCAUACUCACUCUUAAGGGAAAUUCCAGUGGGAAGGGCCAUGAUUUUUACUCCAGAUAUUUUGCACCUUGGUAUGGAGUUCUGGAGGACCCUGUUACAGGAUCUGCUCAUGCUGUUUUAAGCAGCUACUGGUCAGAGCAACUGGGGAAGAAAGAAAUGCUUGCCUUUCAGUGUUCCCGCCGUGGAGGGGAGUUGAAGAUUUGCCUGCGCAGCGACGGGAGGGUGGACAUUGCAGGGCAAAGUGCUGUGGUGUUUAAAGGAACCCUGACUUUCUGAAGGAGCUGGCACUAACCUCCCACACCUUCAUGGAACUCCUAUUAUGCUGAUUUUCUCUCAGCUCUAGGCAGUGAAUCCCCCCCAUUCUCAGAAGUCUUUGAUUCCUUGUAGUCCAUUUUAAAAAUGGCUUGAAAAUACUUCUGAUCUUCAAGAUUCUUGGUAUUGUUUUCUUCCCUCUUAAUCUUGCCACUUCAUGUAUACACUGACCUCAGAGAAUGUUCUAGGACAGCUCUCUUGUUUUUCUGCUUCUUGGAUUGAACUGUAAACAUCUCUGAUUGAUAAAAUAAUCGAACUUUUCCCGGAUUCAGAAUUUUCUGUGACAUCUGAGUUCCUUUCUUUGAAACAUGUAUUUUCUCUGCCAUAUAUUAAAAUGACAGUCAUGUUCAUUAAUUUACUUGAAUUGAAAUGUGAAAAAAUACAAAUGGUUGAGAAAUGUGCCUUGUGGUUCUCUUUUAUGAACAGUAUUUUUCAAAGAUGAAUGGUAUUGCAGUUGCUCAUAGUGCUGUUGCUGCUUAGUCAAUACUUUUCAUUAGAGCAGAAAGAUUUAAGAGAGUGACGUAGAGAUGCACAUAAAGCUGAUUAAACUCUGAAAGGAAACUUUAUUGGUUACAGCAAUGUCAGUUACUUCUCAAAGACUGAAGAUUUGCUCCUGGAAGUGUAGAUACCCCUUCUGGAAGAAUUUUCUUCCUAAAGUGCUGCUUCAUAUUUUGUCACCACGAUGUGGUCUUUCACUGGAUUUAUUAGGAAUAUUGAACUGUUUCAGUUUCUCCAGCUGAAACUCUGCUGUCUCUUUCAAGUCACCUCUGUCCCAAGCUUUAGCCUUAGUUUUUUCUCUUUGCAGUAUAUGAGAAUGAAGUGUUUUGAACUCAGAGGCAUUUUCAUAAUGUGGGAACAGCUGAAUGUCAGCCUGUUAUAAAUAAUGAGGAACUUAGUUGUGCCAAGUUCCCUUAUUUCCAGUUAUUUUGAAUUUUAUCAUAGCUUAUCACUUACAUCUUGUGAAGUUCAAGUACCUGGAGACAAGUCUCUAUAUCCUGUAGCUACACAGAACAUACCAAUAAUGUGAUUUAAAUGCACUAUUGAGGCCAAGGGCUAGGUGGCAAGCAAAAGGAGUCUCCAAAUGGAAAUGCCCAUUCUUCUGUACUCAGUCUUGCUGAAGUUCAUGGACCUGAAAUAUUAUUUAUAAGCAUGGGGGUCAUCAUCACACAUCAAACACAGGCAGCUCAGCAGCCCUGCUGCAGUGGCAGGUUUAUCCUUGGCCUCACCUUCUCACAAAUCAAACUGAUCACUUCCUGGCUGGUGACAUGGGUCUUCUUGAGCAGCAAUGCUGCAAGCUUGUUCUGCUUGUGGUUUAUGCAAAGGCUCAAUCUGGCCUAUAAUCUGAGAUGCUUUGGGAAAAAAAAUCCCUUCUUUAAGAAUAUAAAUGAACUAAAGGGGCAAUUGUUUUUCACCUGUCCACAUUUAACACAGACGAUUCAAUUAUUAUUUUUUUACUCUAUGAGGACUAAUGAUGAACAAGGCCCAUAAAUUUUAAAGAUACUUAUUAUCUAAAUUUCCUGACUAAACCAAUAUCUUUGCUGCUUAAAGCAUUUUUUUUUUAUAGUUUACUACUACUUUGUCUCUAUUUCUUUUCAGGAUAGAAAAAUCACCAGAGCUCAGGUGGGAGGCUAUACAGUAAUAUGUUUGUAAUCAACAGAUUAAUUAACCAGCCAUGAUUUAUUAAUGAUGAAUUAAUUAUACCUUAUUGUGCAGUUCUGCUGCCUAAAUGGAGCUUUAAAGGAGUUAUUUUAUUAAUCAUCAUUGUCUAAUUGCAGACACUUACAGAAAGAUUGCUAAUUAAACAUGCAAGCCAUAUGCAAAACAAGCAAGGCUGCUGAGAGUGGCAAGAAAAAGAGUACUCAUUUUCUCAGUAGCAACUUUAUUCUCUUGAAAUACUGUGUAGUUGACCUGGUGAUCCUAAUUAUUCACCAAGACUUAUUUUAAUAUAUUGCACAUUUUCAGUCAAUAGUAGAGGAAAUUAAUUGUUGUGACAAAUUCCGUCUUUCCCAGUGCAAAAAAUAGGUUGUGCAGACUUCAAAUGAGAUUAUUUAGAAUUUGUGUGGCCUUGUUUUGUGUUUUUAUGGGAAGGAUUUGUUUAGUGGUUCUGUUGGAGAGGAUUUGCAGAACUGUUUUGUGCUGCUCUCUUAAUUAAGACUUGGGGCAUAGAGAUGUGUUGAACCAAGAGCAAAUUAUUGACAGGAAAUACAAUUCCAAAAAUUGCUCUGCUUUUGAGUGUUAUUUAUCAUGGGAGUGUCCAACAGAAGUUACAGGCCAGAUCCAACAGCCCAGACAUGACAAUUUAAAUGCACAUUUGCUUAUUUUACUUUGCAGAGGCACAGCUCAUGUAGGGGUCAGGAAGAACAUGAGAAACAAGGCAAAAUAAUA